AUGUGUUGCAACUACUAUGGCAACUCCUGUGGCUAUGGCUGUGGCUAUGGCUCUGGCUAUGGUUGUGGAUUUGGCUCCCGUUAUGGCUGUGGUUAUGGCUGUGGAUAUGGCUCCCGCUACGGCUGUGGCUAUGGCUCCGGCUAUGGCUGUGGAUACGGCUCUGGCUACGGCUGUGGAUAUGGCUCCCGCUAUGGCUGUGGCUCUGGCUCUGGCUACGGCUGUGGAUACGGCUGUGGAUACGGUUCCCGCUAUGGCUGUGGAUACGGCUCUGGCUAUGGCUGUGGAUAUGGUUCCCGCUAUGGCUGUGGCUAUGGUUGUGGCUAUGGCUCUGGCUCUAGCUAUGGCUGCUGUGGCUACCGCCCAUCUUGCUUCAGAAAAUGCUAUUCUUCUUGCUGCUAG